ACCAUGUGACCAUGGCUGACCGGGAGCUGGCCUUCAAGGCAGGUGAUGUCAUCAAGGUGUUGGACGCCUCGAAUAAGGACUGGUGGUGGGGGCAAAUCGAUGACGAGGAGGGCUGGUUUCCUGCCAGCUUUGUCAGGGAGUGAAGCGAGAAGGCUGGAUACCAACUAGCAACUUCAGGAUAUGCAGCACACAUUUUGAUUCUGGAAAGCCAUCAGAGGACCAUGCAAGUCCAGACUACAAAAAGGAUUUAAACAAUGUUUUUCAUGCUUGUUCAACAGUUUAAGGGUGGUAGACAAUUAAUGUCACAGUUCCAAUAAGUUAGGACAUUAAAGAGACUGUUAUUUGUCUGCUACUUUUAAUAUUGCCCCCCCCCCCCAAUUCAGGGACCCAUUAUUCUAUUUCUGUUCAUCAUUUGUCUGUGAAAUAUGUUCAGUUUAUGUCUCAGAUGUUGCUGUUCAUACAAAUAUUAACACGUGUUAAGAAAUUUGCUGGAAAUAAAAGCAGUUGAAUGUGAGUUUCUUUUUUUUGCUAAGUGUGUGUGUGUGUGUAUAGGUAUAUAUAUUGUGUGUGUUAUUUUUUAAACACAUUGGGUUUCUGCAAAUGUUUCCCUUACCUUCAAGGACCUAAUAUUACUAUACAAUGUAAUUUAUUUUGCAGUGUUGUGUAUAUUUAGUCGCGGCGCAGCAAACUGAAACCACAGAAUCCAAUUUGAGCUUGUGGCACUUCUGUUUGCUGAAGCUAACAAAUGUAUUCAGUUGAAUUAAGUUUUAAUCUUUAGUUGUUAUGUGUUUGACCAGUUGCUAAUUGUGAACUUACCUCAGAUAUUUUAAAUGAAGUUCAGAGAGUAUAUUCGGGUUUUGGGAGGAGCCUGUCACUGUCAAAACGUUCAGUCCUGUCAAUCAUUAUUAUAAGCUUAUAUAAGCAGCGGUCAUUGCGCUGUCCCAGUGACAAUUCUUCCGGCAUCUACUCCAUCUAUGCAGUACCGUUAUAGGGGGGUGGACCUCGGAGCUCGAGCCGAGCCUCAAGUUCGAGCCUCCGUCAAGGACAGCAAGCCAAGUUUGUUUACCAUUAACUAUUAAGACUGUAAAGACAGGUGAACUCGUGAAUAGUACAUCUGAGAAGGAUUAGUGAAUAUAAUAAUUGGAGGUACCCAAGUAAAAGAGAUUGAUAAAUGUUGUAUUAAUGUCACCUGCAAGGGUUAGUUUGAUUUUUGGUGUAAGAUGCUGACACCUUUACACUGUAUCCUCGGUUCUGCUGUGUCUUGUGUUUCUCUUCACUGUUCAGUGAGGUUGAGUCAUGAAGCAUAAAAUGAGACGUCACUUUUCAUUAGAGGACAGGAGAGAAGAACAGACAAAAAACAAAACAAAAAAACAGAUUGCUCUGGGAGGAGAGGGUGAGAGAGUAAAAGAGAGAGAGGCUAAAAUAGAUUGGACACUGAGAGGAAGGAAAGAGAAGAUGGAAGUUUAUAUGUGUGUGUAUGUGUGCGCAGGUGUGUGUGCAACAUCUGCGUCAUCAGUGUUCUUCCGAUUCCUCUAUUUUUUUGAACACACAGCCGUAGCAACACACACAUACACACAUUGUGUACCCGGGCAGCAGGAUCACUAAACUGAGCCUUUCGUUUGAUGAGGAUGAGGAUGGACAGCUAGCAAGGCUAAUGCACUGGAAAGUUGCGCUGAGGCAGAGAUUUCUAGUUAUGGGUAAAUCAGGAGGAAAACACAGCGGUCGAGGCUGCCGAAAGCUCCAGCGAGGUGCAGAAUGGCCACGCUGAGGCCAGUCCGAACCCCAGCACCGACUGUCUGUGUCUGGGCCAGCCCACCCAGAACCGGGACCAGAUGAGGGCCAAUGUCAUCAAUGAAAUCAUGAGCACAGAACGACAUUACAUCAAACACCUGAAGGACAUCUGUGAGGGGUAUCUCCGUCAGUGUAAAAAGAGGCGAGACAUGUUUAAUGAUGACCAGCUGAAAGUGAUAUUUGGAAAUAUCGAAGACAUUUACAGAUUCCAGUUAAGCUUUGUCAGAGACCUGGAGAAACAGUUUAACACGGAAGAACCUCAUCUCAGUGAGAUCGGACCCUGCUUUUUGGAACACCAAGAUGGAUUCUGGAUCUACUCGGAAUACUGUAACAACCACGUUGACGCCUGCAUGGAGCUCACACGUCUCAUGCGAGACGCACGAUACCAGCACUUCUUUGAAGCAUGUCGAUUGGUCCAGCAGAUGAUCGACAUCGCCAUUGACGGCUACCUGCUCACUCCAGUCCAGAAAAUCUGCAAAUACCCUCUACAGCUGGCAGAGUUACUGAAAUACACAGUACAAGAACACAGUGAUUAUCGGUACGUGGCUGCUGCGCUAGCUGUAAUGAGAAAUGUCACUCAGCAAAUCAACGAACGCAAACGAAGGCUUGAGAACAUUGACAAAAUCGCCCAAUGGCAGGCCUCUGUACUGGACUGGGAGGGUGAGGAUAUUCUGGACAGGAGCUCAGAGCUUGUGUACACUGGGGAGAUGUCCUGGAUAUAUCAACCAUACGGACGCAGCCAAACCAGAAUCUUCUUCCUUUUCGAUCAUCAGAUGGUUCUCUGCAAGAAGGAUCUCAUUCGCCGUGAUAUUCUGUACUAUAAGGGUCGGAUUGAAAUGGAUCGAUAUGAGGUCAUUGACGCAAUCGACGGCCGAGAUGAUGAUUUUAACGUUAGCGUGAAGAAUGCAUUCAAACUGGCCAACAAAGACACAGAUGAGAUCCAUCUGUUCUUGCCCAAAAAGCUGGAGGAGAAAAUCCGUUGGCUUCGGGCGUUUCAAGAGGAAAGAAAGAUGGUCCAGGAAGAUGAGAAGAUUGGGUUUGAAAUCUCUGAGUAUCAGAAGAGGCAAGCCGCCUUGACCGUUAGGAGAGUCACCAAACAGAAAGGUGUGGGCCGAUCGGUCCCCCCAGCGUACCCACCACCUUUGGACCCCAUGAACCCCGGGCAGUACCUUCUCCCUGACGGCUACGGGCAGGCAGAUGGAUAUGAAUACGAGCCCAAACGCAGCACAUCACCCUUCUGGCAGAACUUCAGUCGGUUAGCUCCCUUUAAAAAAUAGUACACACAUCCACCAGGGGUUGGAUACACCGGCCUCUGUAUACUUGGAAAAGCACUAUUCUACUUAAGAUACAUCUGUGGGACUUGAGGAGGACUGACACGACACACAAACUACAGGAGAGAGGACAGACCUUGCUUUACUGGGGUUUACCAGGCGUAUUUCUUUUACUGGGGUUACGGGGACACCUCGCCGGGCUGGCUGCACUGAAUUCUGCACACGACAUGUAAUUCACAGAAAAGAAAUUCACGCAAACACACACACACACACACACAUGCAAAACACACAUUUUAUCCCUCAGCACUCUCUUUUUAGAGAGGUUUUAAAUUAUGAAAUAAGAAAAAUCACCUAUGGUUUCUUCUCUACACAAAUCGACGGAAAGCGAAUUUUCACCUUUUAAAGCACUAAACCACCGUAAUGACUCUUGCUCUCUAGUGCCGCCCUGGUGUUCCUCCGUGCACUGUGACUAUUCGGGGCAUUCUCUCUCAUUCGAUCUCUCUUUUUCUCUCUCGAUCUCAUACUCCACAUUAUCACGUGUUUUUCCAACAGUUUCGCGUCUGGUCAAAGCUGAAGAUUUUUUUUCCUGGACAAUUUCUCCUUGGAUGAAACCUGCUGCACUCUUUAGUUUGUUUUGCAUGAGAUUCAGUUCAUUGCAGGUAUUUUUAUUUGUGUAAUUCUAUUCAUACGGGUCUCGGAAAACAGUGGAUCAUGAUCUGCAAAUUUGUCACGCAAGUUGCUUAAACCGAUCACGGUCUACUGGAAAAAUGGAUAUCGGAGCAACUUUGACAUUCAGAGAAACCUACAAUCAAUCAAGUUUAAAGUCGUUUUGGUUUGGACCAGAGAAACCUGAAGGAGGAACUGUUUUGCUCUGAACAGUGGACCUCUGUAGCGUGUUUACGUCAGAGCCUUGUUUAUCCUGUGGUCUCGGUUUCGGCUUUAUCAUUGUUUCCCCUCUCUCUCCUAUCCGUCAGAUGACCGAAAAACCUGAUCAGUUGUUAAAAAGUAAUAAUUCCACCUCUGAGCCCGUCUUCAUUUUAUGGGGAAUGAUACUCGGACCAGGACGACUUUAAUCCUGCUGAUCAACCUCGUAAUGACAUGCCAAUUCAUCUCUAACGUGCCAAAAUAGCCUGGUUGCCAAAUUUUCCCAUAACAGGUGCAUUGGCAUGUGCGAAUGCCAACCCCAUGAGCUGGUACCCCGCCAUGUGACUUCUCAGGCGAAAAUUAAGUCAGUUAAAUUUGGUUAUCGCUGCUAGGAUUAGCAUGACAUAGCGUUUCAGUUUUUUUAUUUUUAUUUAUUUGGUUGUUUUUGGUUCUCUCUCUAUAUAUACAGUAUAUAUAUAUUUAUUUUUUCCCAACUUAAAGGGACUUGUGCAAAAUUUAAUUUAUGGUAUAUUCGGGUUUUGUCUGAUAACUUUCAAAGGAUAGUAUUUAGUCCAAUCACAAUAUUUAAAGUAUUGCUAUAAAACAUUAUUUAUUCUAUUAUAGUGUGAUUUUCUUUUUUUCCAUCUUGAUCCUCUCUCUAUAUUUUAGAGCUUCUGCUGGAGUGUUAAAGACCCUAUUAGGGCAUAAAAAAUGUAAGAGGACAGUAUGGAAGAAAUAUGUCACACAUGUGUACUAAGUGCCACAUGAAUCUAUUAUUAUGUUACAAAGGAAAAUAUCAGUUUAAUAUUUUUGAUUCGGUGAUAUGAUUGAAAUAAGAACAUUAUAUCAUUAUUUCAUAAUAAACUUCAUUAUGGAGAAAACAGAGUUGAACUGAA